ACUCGAUUCCCCGAGAGCCGUUUCCCAGACGCUCUUUUCUACAAAAAGGACUCUCUCGUCGCUCCUCAUCAGUCAUCUCCUUCCCCCUUCCAAAAACCUAACCCAACCGCUCCAUGGAGAACUACUCCUACCCCUCCUACCCGGACUCCGGCGACUGCUCCCCUCGAUCCCGCGAGAUCGAGUGCGAGAACUCCGUCUCCUGGGACGAGCCCCCACCGCCGUCCGCCGCCGCCCGCAUCAAGCUUAUGAUUAGCUACGGCGGCCGCAUCCAGCCCCGUCCCCACGACAACCAGCUAUCCUAUGUCGGCGGCGACUCCAAGAUCCUCACCAUCGACCGCUCCAUCCGCUUCCCCGCCCUCCUCUCCAAGCUCGCCUCCCUCGCCAACCUCGACGACCACCUCUGUUUCAAGUACCAGCUCCCCGGCGAGGACCUCGACGCCCUCAUCUCCGUCACCAACGAUGAGGAUCUCGACCACAUGAUGCUCGAGUACGACCGCCUCCACCGCUCCGCCGCUAAACCCACCGCCCGCCUCCGCGUCUUCCUCUUCCCCCUCAAUCCCCCGCCCCCCUCCGCCGCCCUUCUCGACCCCAAGCCCGACCGCCAGUGGUUCGUCGAUGCCCUCAACUCCGUCCCCGUCCCCCCGCCCCUCGACACGGUCGCCGCCUCUCCCCCGCCCCCCACGACUGCGGUCAAGGCGGCGUUGCCGAGUCCCGAUUUCCUCUUCGGCCUCGACAAGGGCUCGGUGCCGCCACCGGCCGUUAAGGUCAAAGAUCCGGCCCCGGAGCAGCUCCCGGUUCUUGAAAAUGUCCAGGUGGAGGUCCCACCUAGGCCCGAUCUCGGGAAGGAGGAUCAGAGGCAGAUCGGAGGCGGGGAGACGACGCCGGCGGAGAUCCAGAGGCAGAUCCAGGAGCUCCAGCGCCUCCAGAUCGCGGAGAACCAGCAGCAGCAGGCGGCCAUCCAGCGGAACAGCAGCGAAGAAACCCUAGCUAGGGUUUACCCCGCGGAGUACUACCACCCGAGAGCCCAGGAGAAGGCACCACCGGCCCCGCCGCCUGUGACGACGCAGGUCCCGGCGGCGUACUGGCCGGAGCAGCGCGGCGUGGCGGCAGCCGGACGGUACUCCUCGGUCGCCGGCGGGGACCAGCCGGUCUACCUGAUCUCUAGGGCACCGGGCGUCUACCCAGGGGCCGCGGCGGCGGGGCAGGGGUAUUACGCGGCGCCGGUGCCGAGGGUCGUGCCGACGGACGUCUACCGCGACGCGGCGGCGCCUACUCCGGCGGCGGUCUAUGCGGUGCCGCCCCAGGCGUCGGCCAAGGUGGUGGGGCAGUACGCUCCGGAGGGAGCGCGGGUUCCGGCGCAGGGUGUGGUGGACUCGACAGCCUAUCAGGUGAUGUACGAUAGCGCGGGGCGGGCGGUUUACUACACGAACGCGGUCCCCACGUAUCAGACGGUCACGAGUGUGGCUCAUACCCCGGAGGUGAAGCCGGUGAAGCCAUCGCCGGCUUCUUAGAGCGAGCGAGCCAAAGACCAAGGACGACGAUCUGAUGAUCUCUGUCCCUUUUUUUUUUCCUUUAAUUUUUCCACGCUGCUGCUUAUGUUUUCGUUGUUCCUCUAGUUUGUGCGCUUGUUUAGGUGUUCUCUAAUGACAUCACCGUGGGUGUUUUUUUUUUUUUUUGGUACAAAUCACCGUGGUUUUUCGUGGAUGUAAAUACGUAUAUAUGCAUAUAAUAUAAUGGGAAUGUUACUAGAAUA